CUGAUUUUUAAUCGUACCCGUUGCACAGGUUAACACACUCCGGUGGCGUUACCAAGUUCACGGUCCCAAGAAAAGUUCAAUCUUAUUGGAAGUUUUUGAAAAUAUUAGUUAAUUUUCUGUCGUAGACGAGUGCAGACAACGCAAAGACAAUGUUAAAAUUAUUUUUUAUUUUGGCUAUUGGCCAGAUAAGUGUUCGCGGAUCUCCAUUUGAGCUUUUGGAAAACUACAUUGAAGGUUUUGAGAAAAACGUGGAUCAUCUAAGAAGCUACCUGAAAUCGGGAAGCUGGCAGCAAAAGACCCUUCAGAACUACAUUCAAGAAGAAGCGCAUAUAAAAGAUAUUGGCGAAUACGACUUCAUAAUAGUGGGCGGAGGAACAACAGGCUCUGUAAUAGCGGCUCGCUUAUCAGAGAUUCCGGAAUGGAAAAUAUUGCUUUUAGAAGCUGGAGAAUCAGAAAGUGUGGCUUCUAAAGUUCCAGUGAUGCACAGUUGCCUUAAGGGUGAAAGCAGUCCUUUGACUUGGGGAUAUUACAGCGUGCCACAAAACAAUUCGUGUUUAAACCUGGAAGAUAGAAGAUGCUUCGUACCAACCGCUAAAGCUUUAGGAGGGACAUCUGCAAUUAAUGACAUGUUAUAUACCAGAGGAACCGCUAGAGAUUAUGACUUAUGGGCCGAUAAUAACUUGAAAGGCUGGUGUUCCAUUUCUUUGGAACCCUACUUUAAAAACAUCGAAGAUGCACAUUUGGAUACAGCUAUGGACAUUGGAUUGCACCAUUACGGCGGUCCUGUGCAUUUAGAGAGCUCAAGAUAUUAUUCAGAUAUUACCAACAGGUUUUUGGCAGGAGCCAAAGAAAUUGGACUGAAGGAAAUCGACGUGAACGGAAAGAACCCUCUAGGAUUUGGUUGUCCUCAACUGAUGACGAAAAACGGUGAAAGAUACAGCGCAGCUUCCGCUUACUUGAAAUCAGCUAAGGACCGAAAAAAUCUUGAAAUUCGCUCAUUGGUACAAGUGACCAAACUAAUCAUAGGCGAGCACACCAAAGAAGCACAAGGUGUUCACUUUUUCCAUGAAGGGCAGCUUUUUACUGCUUCCGCUAGCAAAGAAGUAAUUCUUGCGGCUGGAACAAUUAACAGUGGAAAAUUAUUGCUCCUGAGUGGCAUUGGUCCUCAUGAGGAGCUAAAACCACUCAAUAUUGAAUGUCUUAGUGACUUGAAAGUAGGAAAGAACCUAAUUCAUCAUGUAGUUUUCGCUGGCUUGAAAUACGUGUAUGUUGACGCCAAUCACUUGAAAACCUCCGGAUAUUACAGCAAAGAAAUUGACUAUUUGAGAAACGGCAGAGGCCCGCUAACUUCUACCGGAGUUGAUGUUAUUGGAUUUAUUAAAACCGAAUUCUCUAAGGGGCGGCAUUUAUAUCCUGAUGUCGAAUUGCUAGUUACAAGCUCUCAAAUUGGUGACAAUUUGAGCAACAAGAUAUCUGAAGAAAAUAUUCACGAUCUUAAAAAACAGAUUACUAUUAAUCUGAUACUGCUGCAUCCAAAAUCCAGAGGAACCUUGUCGUUGCAUACAAACAAUCCAUUCGACUAUCCUCUGAUUAACCUGAAUGACUUUUCAGACAAAGAGGACUACGACAUUAAAACUCUUCUUUCAGCCAUUCGUACUACACAGAAACUAUUGCAAUCUCAACACCUUCAACCAUUAGGAUUAAGCUAUCAAGGUAUUAUUCCUAGAUGCUCAGAAUAUGAUGUCUACUCAGAUGACUACUGGACGUGUGCAAUUAAACAAUUAAGUAUCAGCAUUGGAGAAGUAACUAGCUCAGCGCCGAUGGGUGAAGAAAAAGAAGGUUCUUUCGGAAGCUCUGUAGUCGAUUUAAAAUUGAGAGUUCAUGGUAUUGACAAACUAAGAGUAGCUGAUGAUAGCGUCAUUCCAGUUAGUAUUUCCGGACAUUUGGCUGCCAUCAAAAUGGUUAUUGGUGAAAAAUGUGCUGAUUUGAUUAAAGAGGAAUGGACUAAGUAAAUGAGCAUGUAACAUUUGAAAUAAAGUAUUGCAUAAA